AAAUCGGAAACUGGUUAUUAAUGAGGUAUGCAUUUGUAAUUUUUCCUCCUAGCACUGCCGGAACAUUUCCGCAGACAGCUCCAAGAGCCAACGACAGAGAUUAGGGCUCUCUCUCUCCUCGAUUUCACAAGAACCCAAGAACAGGGGAGAGAGAGAGAGAGUCCUCGAUUUCACAAGAACCCAAGAACCGGGGAGGGAGAGAGAGGGAGAGAGAGAGAGACAACAUGGGUUCUUCUUCUUCCCCAAGUGGUGGCGGUGGUGGUGGCAAUGGUAGCGAAAAAGAGGGAAAUAGUAGUACGCCGAGGUUCUUCAACACAAAGGCAAAGAGCAUCUGCUGGGCCAAAGCCAAGACCGUCCCAGGCCGCCACCCGGAGCGGUGGCGCAAGGACGCUGCUGACAACGUCGUCUGCAAGCGGUUCUUCAACUGCCUCGGUUGCCUCUGCUUUGAGUGGUGAAUCUGUUGCAGAAAACUGUCAGAUUCUGCAAAGCAGGGUAAAUAGAUUCAAAGGAAAUAAAGAUGAGGUGGAUACUACCCAAUUGAAAGGCUACUCUUGUGAUAUCAAGUUUACAGAUAAAGAGCUUGACAUUAUUGAAAUGGCUGUUUAUGGGGAUGUAAUCCGGCCAGGAAAUCAGUGUCGUUGUAGAACUGUUGCAGAAAUGCUUGGCAAAUACAAGUCUAAAGACAGCACGGCGGCUUGCAAGUUGCCACAGAGUAGCGAGUCCUUGUAGCAGGCAAGUGUUUUGAAUUCAAUUGUUGAACUCGUCAUUUAGAAAAAGUUUACCUUAUUCAUUAGUCAAAAAUUGCUAAUGUACCAUUUGUGAGAAGCUGCAUAUAUGUGGCAAUCGUUAGUUGUUUGUUAAUUGCAUUGUUUCAAUGUAUUUGUACACUGUAUGACUCGUACAGAUGGAUUGGAAAUCAAAAGUCCUGUUGUUGUA